UGGUCUAGUUAAAAUCACAUUGAAUAUAAGAUAACGCUAAUGAUGUGAAAAACUAAUAGGCCAAAAACUUUUGAUAUCGAAGUCAAUACUAAAUUAAAAAGUAAUAUAAAACUGUUAAAAUGGUUUUCGCGGAAAAUAAGGUGGCUUUAGUGACAGGUGGUGCUAGUGGUAUUGGGCUAGCUAUUGUUAAAAAAUUAUUGGAAAGUAAUGUUAAGGGCGUGGGAGUAGUAGAUUUUUCUGAAUUUAACUGGAACAACGCAAAGUCAUCGUUAAGUCAGAAAUAUGGCAACAAAAUUUAUUUUGUAAAGGCAGACGUGUCUAACAAAAAAGAACUUAAAGAUGCUUUCGAGAAGAUUGUUGAAAAAUUCAAAAACCUUGAUAUUGUGAUAAACAAUGCGGGUAUUUUAGAUGAAGAUAACUGGCAAAAAAUGGUGGCCAUCAAUUUGAAUGCCGUUAUUCAAGGAACAUACUUUGCCCUAAACGAGUAUUUUCCAAAAUAUAGAUCUGCCGAAGAAACUGUAAUCAUAAACACAGCUUCCAUUUUGGGAAUCAAUACCGUCGCCAGUCAGCCUGCGUACAGUGCUACGAAACAUGGAGUAGUCGGAUUUGCUAAAUCCAUUUCGGCUCAAGAAAUAUUUAAAAAAUCCAAUAUACGAUUAAUCACAAUUUGCCCUGGAUGGAUUGAAUCGAAUAUUAUGCAUAAACAGGAACAAGCCGUUCUUGACAUAGUUAAUAAAGAAUUGUAUGCUAUAUGUGAAAAGAUUGUGCCAGCGGAGUAUAUUGGUGAGUCAGUAUUAAAAAUUAUGGAUACAGCAAAGCAUGGAUCAGUAUGGGUAUUAGAAGACGGUAAAACACCAUAUGAAAUAGUUUUUCCAAACAGGAAAGAUAUGUGCUCAAAAUACUAGGUACAUCUAAGAGCAACAUUAUUUGAAAAAGAACCACAGACGUAUUCAACUUUUUCAACGCAAGAAAAGAUUAAACAGCAACAUCCAUUUCUUUCUAAAAACCUAAUUUUUUUAUUACAAUUGUUACAAUAAAUAAAAAUUAAAUAUGUAUAUGUAUAACAAAAAUGUAACUAUCAUUAAAAUUCACAAAAUCUCU